ACUUGCCCAACAAUUUCGUUGACGUCGCCUUAUCUCAACAUUUUGUAGUCCAAAGCAAAAUGUGCGUCAACAUUUCAGUGCUCAUAUUAUCAGAUAGAAUUAGACGAUUGUCAGGUGUGUCUCGUCGCCUAGUCGAGAUUGGUGGUGCGUCAUUUUCAGUUAUUAGUUUCCCGUGACUUGUGACGAUCAAAUCCAAAACAACAGUGUCAUACUCGGUGCUUUUCAAAACCAUGUUUCAACGUGACAAAGUGAUCGAGAAGAUCCUCCAUUUUUCAAUCAUUUCACUAUUUAUUUCUUCAACGGGAGCACAGUGGGAUAACCCAUGGAUCGUUGGACCUCCAACUUCUAGUCUAGCCUACGGUCGUGUGAAUUUGACAUCCACUACAUCUGACGGCAUCUUAUACGCGGAAGAAGGAAUUAAACGGGGAGUCGUUCUCGCCAUUCUUCGCUAUACUGGCUCCGUGCCACCGAGUUUAUCGACUGGUUGCACGAAUAUCAUCGAACUAGGUCCCCCAGAAAACAAUGCAGUCGCAAUCAAAUCUUUGAAAGAAUUCGAUUUCGAGAGCGGAGAUCUCAACGAGGAUACGUGCGUAUUCGUUAUUUUCAUCAUGUCUCUUCCUAUACGAGCACUCGAUUUCAAUAUGGUGGACAUGAACGACAAUAGACCGUUCUUUAUCAACUAUCCCAACACGGCACUAACAUUUAAAGAGAACGAGCUGGGACAGAUUUAUGACUUUGAUGCUACAGAUGGCGAUCAAGGAGAUAAUUCCACAUUACUUUACACUUUCAAGACUCUUGCCGGUGACGGUUCCAAUUUCACGCUCAACAGCAGUAACGGAAUUUUUAGUGUCACAAAAAAGUUGGAUUUUGAAGCUGGACAGUUUUACUUGUUCGAAAUAAGUGUGGCGGAUAGAGGCGGCUUGUCAUCUCUUGUUCAAGUGACACUUUACGUUAUCGACGCGAAAGAUUCCGCUCCCAUUUGGAAAACCCAAGUGCCUUUUAUUAACAUCAAUGAGGAAUUGGCUGUUAACUCGCCUGUCUUUUCUGUCCUAGCUCAAGACGGAGACACGAUAAACGAUGAGAUCGUGUAUUCGUUAGUCGACAGCAGGGCGAGUUUUAGUAUAGACGCCAAAACAGGUGAGGUGAAAAUAGCACAACGGAUAGACCGCGAUGUCCUCGACUUUGAUUCCUACUUUGAUCUGGAAAUAACGGCAACGUGCAAAAAUUAUCCACAAAACAAGUCCGUCGCUUAUUCGACCGUCUUUAUCGACGACGUCAACGACAAUUUACCUGUAUUCGAUAAGUCAAUCUACAACUUUGACUUAAUCGAUGAAGGGUACGUCGGUCGACUCACACAAAUGGACAUUUUGGUUUCCGAUCCCGAUCUGAAAGACAAAGGUUCUUAUGUGAUGGCGAUCCGAGGGUCACCGGACGUCAACCAAUACGUGGAACUGAGUCCUACUACAGGGCGAAACAAUGGAAUUUUUUCGUUAAGGAUUAAUUCUCCGAAAUUGUUGGACUACGAGGAUAGCACGAAACGCAACAUCACAUUUCAGGUUGUAGCAACAGAAGUAUCUGGCAGCCAGACAAGCCAAUAUUCCACGGUCAAUUUGUUUUCCCGCGACAUCAAUGACAACAGUCCGGUUUUUCCUAAUAAUUACACAGCUAAUAUUGUGGAGAAUUUGGAUGUAGGUAGCCCAGUCAUAAAAAUCCAGGCAACUGAUGCCGACGUCAGUUCAACGUACGGUCAGCCCAGCAUUAGGUAUUCGUUUGUGGAGAUUUAUGAUGCUGCCCGCUUUUUUACCAUUGAUGAAGUGACGGGCGAAAUUCACACAGCAGCCAAUAUUGAUCGUGAAUCGAUCGGGUCGUCUUCCCUCAAAUACAAAGUUCAGGCCAUUGACAAAAAUGGAGACUACGACGGACGGAGAGCAGUCGCUGAUUUAACAAUCGCCAUUCAAGAUGUCAACGACGAUACUCCUAGUUUCUUGCCUCCGAGUACGGUGGAUUUUAGCGUUAGUGAAGAGAAAGGAAGUGGAAGUGUAGUGGCCGAUUUCUCUGCUUCUGAUCGCGAUGAAAAUUCGAAUCUGGCAUUUACCAUCAACUGGGAACAAUCCAAAUUCUACAAGAACCGCGCCCUCAUUUCGGAUCCAUCGCCAGAAAUGAAAAAAACGUUUACGUUGGACUUGGAGAGCCGAGCUUGGAAUAAACAAUUUUGGAGGGUGGCCACUACAUCAACGGCUGUUUUGAAAGUGGGUGAUUCAUCCUUUCCACCGGGCAAUUGCAACAGUUGUCCAAGUACGCCACUCGAUCGUGAAGUGUUUGAUUCGGUCCAACUUUGCCUGACAGUCACCGAUCUCAACACUGCGAUGGGCGUUGACAAAGACGAACUUUAUGUCGUCGUUAAUAUCGCGGAUAUGAACGACAACAACCCUGUCUUCGACCAGACCAGUAACGAGUUCUCCAUCGUAGAGGGAAAUGCGACGGCCGUUGGAACUGUUUUUGGGUAUAUUCGGGCAUCAGAUAUCGACGAAAGCAACGUCAUCACUUAUUCUCUGAAUUUGUGUGAUAACGUGGUCAUUAAUGCCAAAAACGGCCAGUUGAGCACAACGGCGUUGAUUGAUCGUGAAGUAAAUGAUGUAAUUGAAUGUACCGUCACGGCGACUGAUAAUGGCAACCCAACGAGGUCGUCGACCACCUCAAUUCGAAUCACCGUUGUCGAUGUCAACGAUAACGAGCCCAAGUUAACGGUGACGCCCACUCAGGUUGUAAUUCAUGAAUGCAGCCCAAAGUCAAGCACCAAAAAUGGGAUAAUGGUUUCCAGUCUGCAGGCCACAGAUGCUGAUGCAGGUGCUUACGGGACAGUCAGUUACAUGUUUUCACGGCAAAAUGUGGAGGGAAUAGACGAAUUCGCCAUUGAUCUCAGCACUGGUGAAAUGACGGUGCGGAAUUGCGAGUUGCUCGAUUUUGACACGAAGAUAAGCUAUAGCGUCAUCGUCGAAGCUCGUGAUAACUAUCGCGAAGGAAUUACCUUGGGAAGUUUAUCCGAUUUCGAACGAAUCAAUAUCACGUUAUUGGACGUCAAUGACAAUGCACCAACACUUACAUCACCAGGGAGCCUAAAUGAAUGCUACCGUUCACCUUUGGAAUCUUUGACAAUGGGCCAAGAAGUAGCGUCAGUCGAAGGCAGUGACGCAGACAGCAAUGGUCCAAACAAAUGGUUGACAUUCACGUUACAUGGACAGAACAGGCUCGGCAAUAGUCCGUCAGAGAAAUGCGAUCGACCAUUUCGUAUGGAGACCGUUAAUAAUUCCACGGGAAAAUUGGUUGUUGCAGUUUCUGAUAUACUCAAUUGUACAGGCAUUUACGAUGUUAUCGUACAGGCUUGUGACCAGGGCGAUAGCAUUGAAGGUGUCCAAUGUUCCAGCAACACAACGUAUCGCAUCUGUGUCUUGGACGUCAAUAACAAUAAUCCUCAGUUUAUUUUCCCAGAAAAGGACAAUUCAAUUUUCGAAGUGCGUGAGGAUUCGUCUGUGGGUCAGCCUUUGUUCUACAAUGCAACUAACCAACAACUGAUUUUUAAAGCCACCGAUAACGACGAAGGCUUAAAUGGACAAAUACUCUACACAUGGCUGGAUGAUAGUGUCAAUCAAGUGUUCGCGUUGAGCGAGGACACGGGCCAAGUGUAUUUGAGCAGCAAAUUGAACCGCUCUGUCGCUAGUUACUACGACUUGAUUAUCGUAGCGACUGAUCAAGGUACACCUCCGCUUAGUACUCGGAUGAAUUUGAGGAUUAAUGUGCGAUUAAGCAACAAACAAUUGCCUUACUUCCCAGUGAACUCCGAGUCCUUAACUUUUACAGAAAAUGAGAUGGAAGUGAAGGUGUUUCAAAAAGCGGAAGAUCCAGACAACGGCAAUCUCUAUCCAGGAGAAAGUCGCUACGAUGUUUGCUACUACCUCGUUUGUGGCAACAGUGAAUACUUUGAUGUGCCUGAUAAGACACUCAAUCAACUGCAUACGAAAAAGCCGUUGGAUCGUGAACAGCCACUAGCCGUUCCGUACGUCACCAUCUUGGCCACCAAUGACUGCACUAAUAAACCUGUCCUAUCCUGUUCGGACAUUGAUGCCACCAAAGGACAGUACCUCAAUAUCGCGAUUAACGUGAAAGACGUGAAUGAUUGUGAUCCGGUGUUUUCCGGCUCGUUGUCUGGAGUCAUAACGGAAGGUAAUGCACGCGGUACAAGAGUCUUUCCAAUGACGAUAACUGAUGAAGAUGAUAAUGAUGUAGUAACGUGUAAAAUUGAAGAAAGCUUCACAGUCAGCCAGUCGUCGGUUAAUUUAGGGACAGUGAGCAAACCUCCGUUCUCCAUCAGUUCGGAUUACUGGAUCGUUUUAGAAUUCACCGUUCAACCUGAAAUGAAAGGCUAUUUCACGUUGAAUGUUACCUGUCUGGAUAAAGUGGCGCAUUCAAGUCGAACGCCAAUCAACAUUUACGUUGUGGCGCAAGAAAACAAAGUCGACAUUGUAUUUGAUAAUAAAAAAGAAGAAAUUGAAGCCAAAAGAUCUGAGAUUGAAAAGAUCUUCACAGAGACAAUGGGCUAUAAAUGCAAUGUGGAAAAAGUACUAAGCUACGAGGGUGUUGGAAAACCGGAUGGCAACAAUACGUUCAACACAGCACUCAGUUAUUUUAUCGACGUGAACAAAACGGAACCAGAGCCUGUCCUUGCCAGCGUCAUUUUUGCGAAAAAAGGCGAGCCGGGAAUAGAAACUUUGUUGAGGGACCAGUGUAGCGAAGUGGGUCUGACUCUCGAAGGUGUUGGACCUUUGCCCACGGAAGAAAAAAACACAUCAGAGCAAAUGUUUCAAAUGCUGUUUAUCAUCGCGUGCGUUGUUCUCAUUCUUAUGAUUGGCAUAAUCCUUUUCUUCGCUAAAAGAACAUCCGAGCUUAAUCGGCGAGUUGCAGCUUUAGCUGUUCCGAAAUUCGGGUCGCAGGAUUCCGGAAUCAAUCCAAUUGCCGAAACUGUUCUUAAUUCCAAUGUGUAUGCCGUCCAAGGAUCUAAUCCCAUUUACAGCAUUGAACAUUCGUCCAAUUCCAAUCACGAUGACAGUUUUGACAAGAUCAGCCAAAGCAGUGGAGAUUCCAUUUUCAUUGGAGUGGAAGACAACCCGGAAUUCAAAGACUACCUCAGUAAAGGAAUAAAUGGGAAAGCGAAUAAUGGAAUUAUUCAUGAGGUUGCAUCUCUUCCGUUCGAGGUUGUUUCUCGUCGCAAUCCGUUAAUGGACCGUUCUCUGGAUGAGGAGAAACCCGAGCCUAAUCAUCCUCCUCCUCCUCCGCCACGAACCGUUAAAAGGCCUGCACCUCCAGUUCCCGUCUUGUACGAAGACGAUGACGGUGAUUACGCUGAAUUGGAUGCAAGUAACAACAUCGAUUCCAACUUUAGUUUUGGAGAUGUCACCAUGACCGCCAUUUAAACACAGUAUGUUAAUUUUUUUCCAAUUAUUAAUAAUGCCAUCAAAACAGUGUACCGAAAUAGAUGAAGAAACUUGCUGUUGAGAUAACAGUUCAUUUUUAAAAAUGAAAAUGCAUUCGCUGU